AUGGAUUCACGACUCGGACUGCCACAGCAGGCUCUCAGCAAGAAUGAAGUCAAGGCUUCGUUCCAAGGACAGAGCGCAAAUGAGGAGUUCGACUUCGAUGCAAAAAUCGAAAGGGAAACAGUCCGGAAACCAUCGGGUUCAGUUACGGUCACGGAGGGAGGACUACAAAUCAGGGCAGCAGCUGAUGUGAUAAUGGAUCCAAAACCAAGCAAUUUGCCCGAGGAUCCUUUGAACUGGCCCAGAUGGAAAAAGGAAGCUGCUUUCGGCACCUUGAUGAUAGGAACCGCCGUUGUUGGUAUCCUGAAGACCAUGUUGGUCACUGUUAACUCUGUUGUCGCAAUCGAAUCAAGCGUCGACUAUGUAGCGGCUGCAGCACUUACGGGGGCCCCUUUAAUGUUCGGCGCGCUCGCUGGAUUGAUGAGUCAGAUGUCGAGCCAGCUCUUUGGCAAGCGAGGAAUAUACAUUGGAAGCGCUGUUCUUAUUCUGGUGGGCGCGCUCUGGAAUAUGCAUGUCUACAACAUUUACGCACAAUUUAUGGUGUCUCGCAUCUUCCAGGGCAUUGGAUGGGGUAUGUUCGAGGCGUUGAUCUCAAGCUCAAUCGCGGACUUGUUCUUCGUUCAUGAACGAGGUACGAGAGUCAACAUUCAUAAUGUCGUUUCCAUUUCGUUCACAUGGGGCACCCCAAUCGUGGGUGGAUACGUUUCUCAAUCAGUAGGCGGUUACCGCAACCAACUCAUGAUCGCCAGCAUCUUACAAGCUAUCUCUAUCCUCUUACUUAUCUUCGCCUCACCUGAGACGACGUUCGACAGAGCAUCGUCCCAGCCGCCUAGCGUUGACAUUGCGCCAUCAAAAUCAAGCUUCAAGCAAUACCUCGACACACUUAAAUUUACCAACCCGCACAGCAUCAGCAAGUUCGACGUAAACGCCGCCCUCCAACCUCUGAAGGCCUUGAUCGCACCAAGCACAAUUCUGACUACGCUUCUUACUGCUCCGCUCCUGGGCUCGGCUUUUGGGAUCGCCAAUUCGCUAUCGCUAAUGUUCUCUACUAUGCCGACCCUCUUGUUCCCAACCAGACUCGGAUGCCUCUUCGUUCUACCACUCAUAUUCUCGCUUCUAGCUUACUCCCUCGGCGCCUUCCUCACCUAUGUGCGCAUCAAGCCUCCGUACCAUCUCGGCGACUCGCCCGCGAAGACUCUCACAGUCGCAGCCCCUGGACUGUUGAUCGGCGUCUCGGGCCUCCUGGCAUUCGGAAUGUGCAUCUCGACAGAGCUGAUGCCAGAGGUCGCCGGUAACAGUACCGCAUUUGAGAUCAAGGUUGCCGGGAUGGAGAUCUCUCUGCAGGCCGUCGCGGCCGCAUUCGGCAUGAUGGUCGGCGGUGCAGUCAUGCUGGAAUACUCGGGCGCGACCUACCUUUCGACUUUCGCCAGCCCGAACAGGCCUGGGGAUAGCGAGCUAGCUGGUGCGCACCAUGUCCUGCAGGAACUCGUGGUUGGCAUCUGGGUUAUUGGGUUCCCGAUGUGGAUCUCGGGUGAUGGGGUGAUGGGUGGACUCGAAAAUACUGCGACUGCGAUUGGCGUUCUGGUGGCUGUCAUCGGUGGCUCUGUGGUAGUCGUGCUGUCCAUCAAAGGAGACGUAUUGAGAAAUAUCGAUAUUGGGGUGCUUAGAAGGGGACCAGAAUCAGGUAAUGGUGAUGGUAGAAUUUAG